CCACCACGACGCAAAAUACUCAAAUAUCAGCGCGGAGAUGAGCAACAACAACGAAUUGAGUGAGGUGCUCAAACUGCUGGCAACAAAAAUUACACAAAACGAUUCCAGUAAAAAUAAUAUCCCAAUCGAGAGCUUUUCUAAGGUUGUUCCUGAGUUUGAUGGAGUGUCAAUUCCAAUUAAGCAGUGGAUAAAAUGUUUUGAUGAAAAUGCCGACGCCUACGAAUUGACUGACAAGCAGAAAUAUGUGAACGCUCGUAUAAAAAUUAAGGGAACAGCAAAGUUAUUCCUGGAGACCACCACUGUGUCGGAUUAUCAUACGUUGAUUGGAUUGCUGUUGGAUGAAUUUGACAAGACCCUGACCAGCGCUGAGGUACAUAAGCAGCUAAGCGAACGAAAGAAACACGAAAACAAGAAUUUUCACGAAUACGUCUUAAAUAUGCGAAAGAUAGCUGCUCUUGGAUGUGUAGAUGAUUAUGACAAAAUCAGCAGUGGACCGCAAACAAGCAGCGAAAAAGUAUGACGUCGGUAAAGCAGGAACUCUGGGAAAACGAUUUGACCAGAAUCAAAGGCAUUGUUUCAACUGUGGAUCAACGCAACAUAUGAGAGCCGAAUGCAAGGAAGAUACUAAGUGCUUUAAAUGC